AUGUCUUACUUGGUGGAGAGCAACCUCGAUGAUCUUCAUCUAGUGGACACGGCCAGGGUAUCCUUGGGUUCAGCGGGGCUUGCGGCGUUGCAGGCUGAUCGUUGGUAUCUGGUGGGUCUACUGCUUGGCCCGAAGGGCAAUCUUCUGGGGUUCAUAGGUACUAUACCUACGAUUUGGCGUAUGAAAUCUAGACUGACGAUUCAUGAAGUGGGAGAGCGUUUUGUGUUUCAAUUUGAGCAUAAGGCUGAAAGAAGCAAGAUCUUGCAUGGAGGACCUUGGUUUUAUAGAAAUACGAUGGUAGUGCUUGGCAAUUAUGACGGUAUUGGUCUGGUGCAUGAGGUUCCUCUGAAUCUGGUGGAAGCAUGGGUUGCAGUUAAGGGACUUCUGGUGGGUUUCCGAAAUAAGGCUGCGCUGAACUUGGUGGGAUCUGCUCUGGGCUAUGUGAUUCGCUUUGAUCAUAACGCUCUAUAUUGGAAGGAGGCAGAGCAAAGGAUCUGUUUAGUCUUUGAUGUUCGAAGGCGGAUUAGGGUUUGGAUGCUUUUUGAGUUUUCAGUGACGGUGGCACCUGAACUGUCGUUCAACUUUGAAAAGGUCCCGCGGAUUUUGUCGGAGUUGUGGCUUCUUCAUGCAUGGAGAGGCAAGAUGUGA